AUCCUUCCUUGUAAGUUCUCUGACUUUUAAACUUACUUCACUUCUUCUUGGUUUACGAUUCCCAUAAAAAUAUAAUUUGUUUAAUUCUGAGUCCAAAUUACUUCCAAAUUUUGUCCUCUCCUUCGUCUAGAAGAAAACCUAAGUUUUUUCUAUUCUAUUCUUACCCCUCUUUUUAAAUCUGAAAAUCCCCAAUUUUGUUUUAGGGAUUUGUCGAAUUCACACAGAGAAAUCUUGUUAAAAAGAUGAGGAGAGUUUUCGGUGUCAAGAAAGAUAAAGAACCACCACCAUCACUUCAAGAUGCUACUGAUCGGAUUGGUAAAAGAGGUGAAUCAGUUGAUGAGAAGAUCAAAAGGCUAGAUACCGAACUUAGUAGAUAUAAAGAACAGAUUAAGAAAACACGACCUGGUCCUGCUCAAGAAGCUGUUAAAGCCCGUGCUAUGCGUGUUCUUAAGCAAAAACGAAUGUAUGAAGGGCAGCGCGACAUGCUUUACAAUCAGACUUUUAAUCUUGACCAGGUUGCGUUUGCGGCUGAAGGAAUCAAAGAUGCUCAGCAAACAAUGACAGCAUUAAAAUCUGCAAACAAGGAGUUGAAAGGAAUGAUGAAGACUGUGAAGAUUCAAGACAUUGAUAACAUGCAAGAUGAAAUGAUGGACUUGAUGGAUGUGAGUAAUGAAAUUCAAGAGUCUCUUGGUAGAAGUUACAGUGUACCAGACGACAUUGAUGAGGACGACCUUAUGGGAGAGCUUGAUGCCUUGGAAGCUGACAUGGGGACGGAAUCUGAUGGUGUUCCCUCGUAUCUUCAAGAUGAGCCAGAUUUAGAGCCGGAACUGAACUUGCCUCCUGCACCGUCGGGCCAUGCUGUACCACCCAACAGACACAACGCCCAGGCUGAAGAUGAAUUAGGUUUACCGUCUGUUCCUCGAGCAUCCCUCCGUGGUUAAGAAGCAUGUACGCCUUAGAUGUGGAGCCUUGUGGACAUAGUGUGGCUGUUGUUUCCUCUUCAUUUUUUCUUUUUUAUUACGAAGCUAACAUUGCAAUUGAUGAACUGGGUUGAAGUUUUUUUAUUGUGCCAUUUGUAAGGUCAACAUUAUCUUUAGCAGAAAGAAAAAAGAAAGUUUCAAUCACAGUUUAAAUGAGUGAAAUUCAUAAUGUUUGUAGC